AUGAUGACCACCGCCACUCAACCGCGUUAUUCUUUGUUUCCCGGCGUCUUUUCUUCCCUUGUCUUCCGACAUUACUUACUUCUGCUGUUUUCCGGCAUUCGUUUUCUCAGUUUUUUUUACCCGGCAUUCCUUCUUCCUUUGUUUUCCGACAUUCCUUCCCUCUUUUGUUUUCCGACAUUUCUUUCCUCCUUUUAUUUCCAGCAUUACUUCCUUCAAUUUUUUCCGACAUUCCUUUCUAUCUUUGUUUUCCUUACCGACAUUCGUUUCCUCCUUAGUUUUCUGACAUUCGUUUCCUCCGCAGUUUUCCGGCAUUCCCUUUCCUCCUUUGGUUUCCGGCAUUCCCUUUCCUCCUUUGGUUUCCGGCAUUCCCUUUCCUCCUUUGGUUUCCGGCAUUCCCUUUCCUCCUUUGGUUUCUUCCUUUCCUCCUUUUUUCCGGCAUUCCCUUUUCCUCCUUUGGUUUCCGGCAUUCCCUUUCCUCCUUUGGUUUCCGGCAUUCCUUUCCUCCUCCUUUCCGGUUUCCUCCUUAGUUUUCCCUUUCCUCCUUUGGUUUCCGGCAUUCCCUUUCCUCCGCAGGUUUCCGGCAUUCCCUUUUUCCUCCUUUGGUUUUCCGGCAUUCCCUUUCCUCCUUUGGUUUCCGGCAUUCCCUUUCCUCCUUUGGUUUCAUUCCUUUCCUCCUUUGGUUUCCGGCAUUCCUUUUCCUCCUUUGGUUUCUUUCCCUUUCCUCCUUUGGUUUUCCUCCUUUGGUUUCCCUUUCCUCCUUUGGUUUCCGGCAUUCCCUUUCCUCCUUUGGUUUCCAGUUUUUCACUCCUUGGUUUCCUUUCCUUUCCUCCGUUUCCAGCAUUUCCCUUUCCUCCUUUGGUUUCCGGCAUUCCCUUUCCUCCUUUGGUUUCCGGCAUUCCCUUUCCUCCUUUGGUUUCCGGCAUUCCCUUUCCUUUGUUUUCCGGCAUUCCCUUUCCUCCUUUGUUUUCCGGCAUUCCCCUUCCUCCUUUGGUUUUCCGGAAUUCCUUUUCCUUUUGGUUUCCGGCAUUCCCUUUCCUCCUUUCCUUCCCUUUCCUCCUUUGGUUUCCGGCAUUCCCUUUCCUCCUUUGGUUUCCGGCAUUCCCUUUCCUCCUUUGGUUUCCUCCUUUGGUUUCUGGAAUUCCUUUCCUCCUUUGGUUUCCGGCAUUCCUUUUCCUCCUUUGGUUUCCGGCAUUCCUUUCCUCCUUUGGUUUUCGACAUUCCCUUUCCUCCUUUGGUUUCCGUUCCCUUUCCUCCUUUGGUUUCCGGCAUUCCCUUUCCUCCUUUGGUUUCCGGCAUUCCCUUUCCUCCUUUGGUUUCCGGCAUUCCUUUCCUCCUUUGUUUUCCAGCAUUCCCUUUCCUCCUUUGGUUUCCGGCAUUCCCUUUCCUCCUUUGGUUUCCGGCAUUUCCCUUUCCUCCUUUGGUUUCGGCAUUCCCUUUCCUCCGCGGUUUCCGGCAUUCCCUUUCCUCCUUUGGUUUCCGCAUUCCUUUCCUCCUUUUGUUUCCGGCAUUCCUUUCCUCCUUUGGUUUCCGGCAUUUUCCUCUUUUCCUCCUUUGGUUUCCGGCAUUCGUUCCUUUCCCUUCCUCCUUUUCCUCCUUUGGUUUCCGGCAUUCCCUUUCCUCCUUUGGUUUCCGGCAUUCCCUUUCCUCCUUUGGUUUCCGGCAUUCCCUUUCCUCCUUUGGUUUCCGGCAUUCCCUUUCCUCCGCAGUUUUCCGGCAUUCCCUUUCCUCCUUUGGUUUCCGGCAUUCCCUUUCCUCCUUUGGUUUCCGGCAUUCCCUUUCCUCCUUUGGUUUUCCGGCAUUUCUUUGGUUUCCGGCAUUCCCUUUCCUCCUUUGUUUUCCGGCAUUCCCUUUUCCUCCUUUGUUUUCUGCAUUCCCUUUCCUCCUUUGGUUUCCGGCAUUCCCUUUCCUCCUUUGGUUUCCGGCAUUCCUUUCCUCCUUUGGUUUCCGGCAUUCCCUUUCCUCCCUUUGGUUUCCGGCAUUCCCUUUCCUCCUUUGGUUCCCUUUCCUCCUUUGGUUUCCAGCAUUCCCUUUCCUCCUUUGGUUUCCGGCAUUCCCUUUCCUCCACAGGUUUUUCGGCAUUUCCUUUCCUCCGCAGUUUUCCGCAUUCCCUUUCCUCCUUUGGUUUUCAGCAUUCCCUUUCCUCCUUUGCUUUCCGGCAUUCCUUUCCUCCUUUGUUUUCCGGCAUUCCCUUUCCUCCGCCCAGUUUUCCGCAUUCCCUUUCCUCCUUUGGUUUCCGCAUUCCUUUUUCCUCCUUUGGUUUCCGGCAUUCCCUUUUCCUUUUGUUUUCCUUUCCUUUCCUCCCUUUGUUUUCCGGCAUUUCCUUUCCUCCUUUGGUUUUCGGCAUUCCCUUUCCUCCUUUGUUUUCCGGCAUUCCUUUCCUCCUUUGGUUUCGGCAUUCCCUUUCCUCCUUUGGUUUCCAUUCCCUUUCCUCCUUUGGGCAUUCCUCCUUUGGUUCCCUUUCCUCCUUUGGUUUCCGGCAUUCCCUUUCCUCCGCAGUUUUCGGCAUUCCCUUUCCUCCUUUGGUUUUCGGCAUUCCCUUUCCCUCCGGCAGUUUUUUCCGGCAUUCCCUUUCCUCCUUUUUGUUUUCCGGCAUUCCCUUUCCUCCUUUGGUUUCCCUCGCAUCCCUUUCCUCCAUGGUUUCCGGCGUUUUCCUCCUUUGGUUUCCGGCAUUCCCUUUCCUCCGCAGGUUUCCGGCAUUCCCUUUCCUCCUUUAUUUCAGCAUUCCCUUUCCUCCCUUGGUUUCCGCAUUCCUUUCCUCCUUUUCCAGCAUUCGCACCCUCCUUUGGUUUCCCAUUCCCUUCCUCCUUUGGUUCAUUCCCUUUCCUCCUUUGGUUUCCCGGCAUUCCUUUCCUCCUUUGGUUUCGGCAUUCCUUUCCUUUUGGUUUCCGGCAUUUGGUUUUCCGGCAUUCCCUUUCCUCCUUUUGGUUUCGGCAUUCCCUUUCCUCCGCAGUUUUCCGGCAUUCCCUUUCCUCCUUUGGUUUUCGGCAUUCCUUUCCUCCUUUGGUUUCCGGCAUUCCUUUCCUCCUUUGGUUUCCGGCAUUCCCUUUCCUCCUUUGGUUUCCGGCAUUUCCUUUCCUCCGCAGUUUCCGGCAUUUCCCUUUCCUCCGCAGUUUUCCGGCAUUCCCUUUCCUCCUUUGGUUUCCAGCAUUCCCUUUCCUCCUUUGGUUUCCGGCAUUCCUUUCCUCCUUUGGUUUUCUGACAUUCCUUUCCUCCUUAGUUUUCUCCGGCAUUCCCUUUCCUCCUUUGGUUUCCGGCAUUCCUUUCCUCCUUUGGUUUCCGGCAUUCCCUUUCCUCCUUUGGUUUCCGGCAUUCCCUUUCCUCCUUUUUUCGGCAUUCCAUUUUCCUCCUUUGGUUUCCCGGCAUUCCUUUUCUCCCUUUGGUUUUCCGGCAUUUCCCUUUCCUCCUUUGGUUUCCGGCAGCCCUUUUCCUUUGGUUUCCUCCCUUUUCCUCCUUUGGUUUCCGGCAUUCCCUUUCCUCCUUUGGUUUCGGCAUUCCCUUUCCUCCUUUGGUUUCCGGCAUUCCCUUUCCUCCUUUGGUUUCCGGCAUUCCUUUCCUCCUUUCGGCAUUUUCCUCCUUUGCUUUUCCGGCAUUCCCUUUCCUCCUUUUGUUUCCGGCAUUCCCUUCCUCCUCCUUGGUAUUUCCGGCGGUUUCCUUUUUCCUUUCCCUUUGGUUUUCCGGCAUUUUCCCUUUUUCCUCCGCUGGUUUUCCGGCAUUCCCUUUCCUCCUUUGGUUUCCGGCAUUUCCCUUUUCCUCCUUUGGUUUCCGGCAUUCCCCUUUCCUCCUUUCCUCCGCUUUUCCGGCAUUCCCUUUCCUCCGCCAGUUUUCCGGCAUUCCCUUCCUCCGCGGUUUUCCGGCAUUCCCUUUCCUCCUUUUGUUUUCGGCAUUUUUCCUCCUUUUGGUUUUCCGGCAUUCCCUUUCCUCCUUUGGUUUCCGGCAUUCCCGCUUUUCCUCCUUUGGUUUCCGGCAUUCCCUUUCCUCCACAGUUUUCCGGCAUUCCCUUCCUCCGCAGUUUCCGGCAUUCCCUUUUCCUCCUUUGGUUUCCGGCAUUCCCUUUCCUCCCUUUUGGUUUCCGGCAUUCCCUUUUCCUCCUUUGGUUUCCGGCAUUCCCUUUCCUCCUUUUCCGGUUUCCUCCAUUCCCUUUCCUCCUUUGGUUUCCGGCAUUCCCUUUCCUCCUUUGGUUUCCAGCAUUUCCCUUUCUCCUUUGGUUUCCAUUUCCCUUUCCUCCUUUGGUUUCCGGUUUUCCUCCCUUUGGUUUCAGCAUUUCCCUUUCCUCCUUUUUCCGCUUUCCUCCGCAUUCCCUUUCCUCCUUUUUCAUUUCCGGCUUUCCCUUUUCAGCGUUUUUCCUCCUUUGGUUUCGGCAUUCCCUUUCCUCCUUUGGUUUCCGGCAUUUCCUUUCUCCUUAGUUUUUCUGACAUUCCGUUUCCUCCGCCAGUUUUCUGGCAUUCCCUUUCCAUCCUUUGGUUUCCGGCAUUCCCUUUCCUUUGGUUUCCGGCAUUCCCCUUUCCUCCUUUGGUUUCCGGCAUUCCUUUCCUCCAUUGGUUUCCGCAUUCCUUUCCUCCACAGUUUCCGGCAUUUCCUUUCCUCCUUUGGUUUCCGCAUUCAUUCCCUUUUCCUCCCUUUGUUUCCGGCAUUCCCUUUCCUCCUUUGGUUUCCGACAUUCCCUUUCCUCCUUUGGUUUCGGCAUUCCUUUCCUCCGCGGUUUUCAGCAUUUUUCCGGCGGCAUUUCCUUUCCUCGCCAGUUUUCCGCAUUCCCUUUCCUCCUUUGGUUUCCGGCAUUCCCUUUCCUCCUUUGGUUUCCAGCAUUCCUUUCCUCCUUUGGUUUCCGCAUUCCCGCAUUUCCCUUUUUCCUUUCCUUUCCUUGUUUUCCUUUCCUCCUUUGUUUUCAUUCCCUUUUCCUCCUUUGGUUUCCGGCAUUCCCUUUUCCUCCUUUGGUUUUCGGCAUUCCCUUUCCUCCUUUGGUUUCCGGCAUUCCCUUUCCUCCUUUGGUUUCCAUCAUUUUCCUUUCCUCCUUUGGUUUCAGCAUUCCCUUUCCUCCGCAGUUUUUUCCUCCGCAGUUUUCCGGCAUUCCCUUUCCUCCUUUGGUUUCCGCAUUCCCUUUCCUCCUUUGGUUUCGGCAUUCCCCGCUUUCCUCCUUUGGUUUCCGGCAUUCCCUUUCCUCCUUUGGUUUCCGGCAUUCCCUUUCCUCCGCAGUUUCCGGCAUUCCUUUCCGCAGUUUUCCGGCAUUCCCUUUCCUCCUUUGUUUUCCGGCAUUCCUUUCCUCCUUUGGUUUCCGGCAUUCCUUUCUCCUUUGGUUUUCCGGCAUUCCCUUUCCUCCUUUGGUUUCCGGCAUUCCCUUUCUCCUUUGGUUUUCGGCAUUUCCCUUUCCUCCUUUGGUUUCCGGCAUUCCCUUUCCUCCUUUUUCCUCCUUUUGCCAGCAUUCCCUUUCCUCCUUUGGUUUCCGGCAUUCCCUUUUCCUCCUUUGGUUUCCGGCAUUCCUUUUCCUCCUUUGGUUUUCGGCAUUCCCUUUCCUCCUUUUGUUUCCGGCAUUCCCUUUCCUCCGUAGUUUUCAGCAUUUUCCUUUGGUUUCAUUCCCUUUCCUCCUUUGGUUUCAGCCGCAUCCCUUUCCUCCUUGGUUUUCCGGCAUCCCUUUUCCUCCAUCCGCAGUUUUCAGCAUUCCCUUUCCUCCGCCAGUUUUCCAGCAUUCCCUUUUCCUCCUUCCUCCUUGUUUCCGGCAUUCCCUUUCCUCCUUUGUUUCCGGCAUUCCUUUCCUCCUUUGGUUUUCGGCAUUCCCUUUCCUCCUUUGGUUUCGGCGCAUUUCCUCCAGUUUUCUCAUUUCCUUUUCCUCCGCAUUUUCCGGCAUUCCUUUCCUCCGCAUUCGUUUCCUCCUUUGUUCCCAUUCGUUUCCUCCUUUGGUUUCAGCAUUCCCUUUUCCUCCUUUGGUUUCCAUUCCCUUUCCUCCUUUUGGUUUCCGGCAUUCCCUUUCCUCCUUUGUUUUCCGCAUUCCCUUUCCUCCGCAGUUUUCCGGCAUUCCCUUUCCUCCUUUGGUUUCCGGCAUUCCCUUUCCUCCUUUGGUUCCGGCAUUUCCUUUCUCUUUGGUUUCCUUUGGUUUUGGUUUCCGGCACCUUUCCCUUUGGUCCUCCGCCUUUUUUCCGGCAUUCCCUUUCCUCCGCAGUUUUCCGGCAUUCCCUUUUCCUCUUUGGUUUUCGGCAUUCCUUUCCUCCUUGGUUUUCUGCAUUCUUCUCCCAUUUUCUCCGCAUUUUCCUUUGGUUUUUCGGCAUUCCCUUUCCUCCUUUCUGCAUUCCUUUCCUCCUUGGUUUCCGCAUUCCCUUUCCUCCUUUGGUUUUCCCAUUUCCUUUCCUCCUUUUUUUCCGGCAUUCCCUUUCCUCCUUUGGUUUCCGGCAUUUUCCCUUUUUCCUCCUUUGGUUUCCGGCAUUCCUUUCCUCCUUUGUUUUCCGGCAUUCCCUUUCCUCCUUUGGUUUUCGGCAUUUUUCCCUUUCCUCCUUUGGUUUCCGGCAUUCCCUUUCCUCCUUUGGUUUUCCGGCAUUCCCUUUCCUCCUUUGGUUUCCGGUUUCCUUUCCUCCUUUGGUUUCCGGCAUUCCCUUUUUUUCCUCCUUUCCAUUCGGCAUUCCCUUUCCUCCGCCUUGUUUUCCGGCAUUCCCUUUCCUCCGCAGUUUUCCGGCAUUCCCUUUCCUCCUUUGGUUUUCGGCAUUCCCUUUCCUCCUUUUCCGCAUUCCCUUUUCCUCCUUUGCCGGCAUUCCCUUUCCUCCUUUGGUUUCCGGCAUUCCCUUUUCCUCCUUUGUUUCCCAUUCCCUUUCCUCCUUUGGUUUCCGGCAUUCCCUUUCCUCCUUUGGUUUCGGCAUUCCCAGCUUCCUCCGCAGUUUUUCCAGCAUUCCUUUUCCUCCAUGGUUUCCGGCAUUCCCUUUCCUCCUUUGGUUUCCGGCAUUCCCUUUCCUCCUUUGGUUUCCGUAUUUCCCUUUCUCCUUUUUUCCGCAUUCUUUCCUUUGGUUUCCGGCAUUCCCUUUUUUCCUCCUUUGGUUUCCGGCAUUCCCUUUCCUCCUUUGGUUUCCAGCAUUCCCUUUCCUCCGCAGUUUUCCGGCAUUUCCUUUCCUCCUUUGGUUUCCGGCAUUUCCCUUUCCUCCUUUUGUUUCCGGCAUUCCGUUUCCUCCUUGGUUUUUUGCAUUCCAUUCCCUCCUCCGCAGUUUUUCCUUCCCUUUGGUUUUCAGCAUUCCUUUCCUCCGCAAUUUUCCGGCAUUCCCUUUCCUCCUUUGGUUUCCGGCAUUCCCUUUCUCCUUUGGUUUCGGCAUUCCGGCGGUUUCCCUUUCCUCCGGUCCCGGCAUUCCUUUCCUCCGCAGUUUCCGGCAUUCCCUUUCCUCCUUUGGUUUCCGGCAUUCCCUUUCCUCCUUUGGUUUCCCAUUUCCCUUUCCUCCGCUGGUUUCCGGCAUUUCCCUUUCCUCCUUUGGUUUCCGGCAUUCCCUUUCCCUCCGCGGUUUUCCGGCUUCCCUUUUCCUCGCAUUUUUCCGGCAUUCCUUUCCUCCUUUGGUUUCCGGCAUUCCUUUUCCUCCGCAGUUUGGUUUCCGGCAUUCCCUUUUCCUCCUUUCCCUUUGGUUUCCGGCAUUCCUUUCCUCCUUUGGUUUCCGGCAUUCCCUUUUCCUCCUUUGGUUCAGCAUUCCCUUUCCUCCUUUGGUUUCCGGCAUUCCUUUUCCUCCUUUGGUUUCCGGCAUUCCCUUUCCUCCGCAGGUUUCCGGCAUUCCUUUCCUCCUUUGUUUUCCAGCAUUCCUUUCCUCCUUUGGUUUCCGGCAUUCCCUUUCCUCCUUUGGUUUCCGGCAUUCCCUUUCCUCCUUUGGUUUCCGGCAUUUCCCUUUCCUCCGCAGUUUUCCAGCAUUCCCUUUCCCUUUUUUCCGGCAUUUCCCUUUCCUCCUUUGGUUUCCGGCAUUCCCUUUCCUCCUUUGGUUUCCGCAUUUCCCUUUCCUCCUUUGGUUUCCGGCAUUCCCUUUCCUCCUUUGGUUUCGGCAUUCCCUUUCCUCCUUUGGUUUCCGGCAUUCCCUUUUCCUCCGCCAGUUUUCCGGCAUUCCCUUUCCUCCUUGGUUUCGGCAUUCCCUUUCCUCCCUUUGGUUUCCUGCAUUUCCUUUCCUCCUUUGGUUUCCGGCAUUUCCUUUUCCUCCGCGGUUUCAGCAUUCCCUUUCCUCCUUUGGUUUCGGCAUUCCCUUUCCUUUCCUCCUUUGGUUUCCGGCAUUCCACUUUCCUCGCUUGGUUUUCCGGCAUUCCUUUUCCUCCACGCAGGUUUCCGGCAUUCCCUUUCCUCCUUUGGUUUCCAGCAUUCCUUUUCCUCCUUUGGUUUCAGCAUUCCCUUUCCUCCUUUGUUUUCCUGCAUUCCCUUUUCUCCUUUGGUUUCUGGCAUUCCCUUUCCUCCGCAGUUUUUCCGGCAUUCCCUUUCCUCCGCAGUUUUCCGACAUUCCCUUUCCUCCUUUGUUUUCCAUUCCCUUUCCUCCUUUGGUUUCCGGCAUUCCUUUCCUCCUUUGGUUUCCGGCAUUCCCUUUCCUCCACCAGUUUUCCGGCAUUCCCUUUCCUCCUUUGUUUCCGGCAUUCCCUUUUCCUCCUUUGUUUUCUGACAUUCCUUUUUUCCUCCUUUGUUUUCUGCAUUUCGUUUCCUCCUUUGUUUUCCUGCAUUCCCUUUCCUCCUUUGGUUUCCGGCAUUCCCUUUCCUCCGCAGUUUUCCAGCAUUUCCUUUCCUCCUUUGGUUUCCUCCCUUUUCCUCCUUUGGUUUCCGGCAUUCCUUUCCUCCGCAGUUUCCUUCCCUUUCCUCCUUUGGUUUUCCGGCAUUUUCCAUUCCUCCUCAAGUUUUUCAGUUUUUCCUCCGCAUUCCCUUUCCUCUUUCCAGCAUUCCUUUCCUCCUUUGGUUUCGGCAUUCCCUUUAUCACCAGUUUUCCAGCAUUCCCUUUCCUCAUAGUUUUCCAUUCCCUUUCCUCCUUGGUUUCCAGCGUUCGUUUCCUCCUUUGGUUUCUGACAUUCCUUUUCCUCCACCAGUUUUCUGACGUUCCCCGCGGUUUUCCAUUCCCUCCAUUUUCCAGCGUUCCUUUCCUCCGCAGUUUUCUGGCAUUCCCUCCUCCUUUUCUGGUUUUCCUCGCAGUUUCCCUUUUUCCUCCUUUGGUUUCCGGCAUUUCCUUUUCCUCCUUUGGUUUCCGGCUUCCUUUCCUCCGCAGUUUUCCGGCAUUCCCUUUCCUCCUUUGGUUUUCCAGCGUUCCCUUUCCUCCUUUGGUUUCGGCGUUCGUUUCCUCCGCACAUUCACUUUCUCCUUUGGUUUCGGCAUUCCUUUCAUCCUUUGGUUUCGGCAUCCCCGCACCUCCUUACAGUUUUCCAUUCCCUUUCCUCCUUUGUUUUCGGCAUUCCCUUUCCUCCCUUAGUUUUCUGACAUUUCAUUUCCUCCACGGUUUCCGGCGAUUCGUUUCCUCCGCAGUUUUCCGACAUUCGUUUCCUCCGCGGUUUUCGUUUCGUUUCCUCCGCAGUUUUCCGGCAUUCCCUUUUCCUCCUCCUUUGGUUUCCGGCAUUCCCUUUUCCUCCUUUGGUUUCCGGCAUUCCCUUUCCUCCGCCAGUUUUCGGUUUUUCCUCCUUAGUUUUUCCAUUCCCCUUUCCUCCUUUGGUUUCCUCCGCAUUCCCGUUUCCUCCUUUGUUUCCGGCAUUCCCUUUCCUCCGCAGUUUUCAACAUUCCCUUUCCUCCUUUGUUUCCUCCAUGAUUUUCCCACUUUCCUCCUGGUUUCCGGCAUUUCCUUUCCUCCUUUGGUUUCCGGCAUUUCCCUUUUCCUUUGGUUUCCGGCAUUCCUUUCCUCCUUUGGUUUCCAGCAUUCCUUUUCCUCCUUUGGUUUCCGGCAUUUCCCUUUCCUCCUUUGGUUUCCGGCAUUCCCUUUUCUCCUCCUUUUCCAGCAUUCCUUUCCUCAUUUCCCUUCCCUUUCCUCCUUUGGUUUUCGGCAUUCCCCUUUCCUCCUUUGGUUUCCCGGCAUUUCCUUUCCUCCGCAGUUUUCUGACGUUCCCUUUCCUCCGCAAUUUUCGGCGUUUCCCGUUUCCUCGCUUUGGUUUCUGGCAUUUCCUUUCCUCCAUUGGUUUUCCGGCAUUCCCUUUCCUCCGCGUUUCCGGCAUUCCCUUUUCCUCCCUUUGGUUUCCGGCAUUCCUUUCACUCCUUUGGUUUCCGGCAUUUCCCUUUCCUCCUUUGGUUUUCCGGCAUUCCCUUUUCCUCCUUUGGUUUCCGGCAUUUCCUUUCACCUCCUUUGGUUUCGGCUUUGUUUUCCGGCAUUCCCUUUCCUCCUUUGUUUCCGGCAUUCCCUUUUCCUCCUUUGGUUUCAGCAUUCCCUUUUCCUCCUUUGGUUUCAGCAUUCCCUUUCCUCCUUUGGUUUCCGACAUUCCUUUUCUCCCUUUCGGCCAUUCCCUUUCCUCCUUUUGUUUUCGGCAUUUCGUUUCUCCGCAGUUUUCCAUUCCCUUUCCUCCUUUUUUCCGGCAUUCCCUUUCCUCCGCAGUUUCCGGCAUUUCCUUUCCUCCUUUGGUUUCAGCAUUCCUUUCCUCCCUUUGGUUUCCGCAUUCCCUCCCUUUCCUCCCGCAUCCUUUUUUCCGGCAUUCCUUUUCCUCCUUUGGUUUUGGCAUUUCCCUUUCUCCUUUGGUUCCGGCAUUUCCCUUUUCCUCCUUGGUAUUCCGAUCACUUUUCCUCCUUUGGUUUCCUUCACUUUCCUCCGCAGUUUUCCGGCAUUUCCCUUUCCUCCUUUGGUUUCCGGCAUUUGGUUUCCGCUCUCCUUUGGUUUCCGGCAUUCCUUUCCUCCUUUGGUUUUCAUUCCCUUUCCUCCCUUUGGUUUCCGGCAUUUCCUUUCCUCCGCGGUUUUCCGGCAUUUCCCUUUCCUCCAUGAGUUUCCCCAACAUUCAUUUCCUCCUUUGAUUUCUGACAUUCCUUUCCUCCUUUGGUUUCCAGCAUUCCCUUUCCUCCUUUGGUUUCCAGCAUUCCCUUUUCCUCCUUUGGUUUCCGGCAUUCCCCUUUCCUCCACCAGUUUUCCGGCAUUCCCUUUUUUCCGGCAUUCGAUUUUGGUUUCCGGCACCUUUCCUCCUUUGGUUUCCGGCAUUCCCGCCUUUCUCCUUUGUUUUCCGGCAUUUCCCUUUCCUCCUUUGGUUUCCGGCAUUUCCCUUUCCUCCUUUGGUUUCCGGCAUUCCCUUUCCUCCGCGUUUCCGACAUUCCCACUUUUCCUCCGCAGUUUUCCGGCAUUCCCUUUCCUCCUUUGGUUUCCAGCAUUCCCUUUUCCUCCCUUUGGUUUUCCGGCAUUUCCCUUUCCUCCGCAGGUUUCCGGCAUUCGCCUUUCCUCCUUAGUUUUUCCGGCAUUUCCACCAUCCGCAGUUUCGGCAUUUCCUUUUCCUCCUUUGGUUUCCGUUUCAUUUUCCUCCUUUGGUUUCCAGCAUUUCCCUUCCUCCUUUGGUUCUGACGCAUUUCCUUUCCUCCUUUGGUUUCCGGCAUUCCCUUUCUCCUUUGGUUUCCGGCAUUCCUUUUCGCGGAUUUUGGUUUUCAAAACACCUUUUUCCUCUUGGUUUUCGCAUUUCCCUUCCCUUUUUUUUCCUCCUUUCCUCCUUUGGUUUCCGACGUUUUCCUUUGGUUUCCGGCAUUCCCUUUCCUCCUUUUUUCCGGCAUUUCCCUUUCCUCCGCACAUUCCUUUCCUCCGCAGUUUUCCGACAUUCCUUUUCCUUUGGUUUCCAGCAUUUUUCCUCCUUUGGCAUUCCCUUUUCCUCCUUUGGUUCCGGCAUUUCCCACUUUUCCUCCUUUGGUUUUCCGCAUUCCCCUUUCCUCCGCCGUUUUCCAGCAUUCCUUUCCUCCUUGAAUUUUCCGGCAUUUCUUUUUCCUCCUUUGUUUCUGACAUUCAUUUCCUCCGGCAUUUUUUCUCCGCAGUUUUCCGGCAUUUUCCCUUUCCUCCUUUGGUUUUCGGCCUUUUUUUCGGCAUUCCCUUUUCCUCUUUGGUUUCCGGCAUUUCCCUUUCCUCCUUUGGUUUCCGGUUCCCUUUUUUUUCCACUCCUUUGGUUUCCAGCAUUCCCUUUCUCCGCAGUUUUCCGGCAUUCCCUUUCCUCCUUUGGUUUCCGGCAUUUCUUUCCUCCUUUGGUUUCCAGCAUUCCCUUUCCUCACCAGUUUCCGGCAUUCCCUUUCCUCCACCAAUUUUUCCGGCAUUCCCCUUUCCUCCUUUGGUUUUCCGGCAUUCCCUUUCCUCCACAAUUUCCGGCAUUCCCUUUCCUCCUUUGGUUUCCGGCAUUUCCCUUUCCUCCUUCCGUUUCCUUUUCCCUUUCUCCUUUGGUUUCCAGCAUUUCCCUUUCCUCCUUAAUUUCCGGCAUUUCCCUUUCCUCGUAAUUUUCCUGUGUUUCCUCAUCCGCAGUUUUCCGGCAUUCCCUUUCCUCCUUUGGUUUCGGCAUUCCCUUUCCUCCUUUUUUCCGGCAACCCUCCUUUUGGUUUUCCAGCAUUCCCUUUCCUCCUUUGGUUUCCGACAUUCCCUUUCCUCCUUUGGUUUCCGACAUUCCCGCUUUCCUCCUUUGGUUUCGGCAUUCCCUUUCCUCCGCAGUUUUUCCAGCAUUCCCUUUCCUCCGCAGUUUCCGGCAUUCCCUUUCCUCCUUUGA